GUUGUCCUUGUCCCCCCCUCCCCAACAGGGGGCUGGAAGAAACUGGCUCAUCCUGUUUCUCCAAGAAUGAGGGUGAGCUGUGCCCCUUUCCGGUGGGUCACUGAAGACCCAAGAUUGGAAUGUGACACCAGGGAGGGGAAGGCCACAGGAGGUACAGGCUGAGGCUGGGCUGCCAAAAAAACAAGAGUUUGUUCUGGUUCUGGAGCCCUUCAAAUAGGGGGCAGGGGUGGGAAAGACAGAGAUAGGCAGAGAGGCAUGUGCAGGGUUCAAAGUGUGCAGGGGUGAGGGUUAUCUUAGGAACAGAGAGUGGGACAGAGGGGAAUAUAUGGGAAUGUAAGAGGUGUUCUUGCUACAGAUUCAUAGGCUUAUGUUUGGGAGAGAAAGCAGUCAGGGCUUUGCUACAUCAGGCAUUCCCUUCAUUAGUUCAUUGGUUCUUUGAGCAUCAUUUCUGUGUGUAUACUGAACAAACCAGUGUUAGUCUUCAAGGCCCUGGAUCUGUUGGCACUGGGUAGACAGUCAACAAAUGCCCAUUUUUGCACAGUAGCCUGACUGGAUGGUCCUGUGAAGAGGAGAAAUGGCUGCACCAGGGCCCAGGAUGGGGAAGUGGUAUGCCAGAGCCCAGAAUAGGGAUGUGGUGUAUCAUUGCCUGGGAGACGUGGGUGAGAUGCUGGAAUCAGCCAGGAAUUAUUUCCCCUUGUUCUCUGGACUCAAUGCUAUCAGUGUCGACACAGGGUAGACUGUGCUCAGUCUGUAGGCUUGUGUUGCUCAUUUCUUGGGGAGGGAGCUGUUAGUGGAGAGGGCUGAUGGGAUGGGGCAGCAGGUUUGCUUAACACCCACCCCAGACCUGUAAGGGCUUUUGAAGGAAGGUGUUUAGGGGAGGCUGUGCUGAUUUGCACAGUGGGCUCUCUUGGGACAGAUCAGCAAGAAUCAGAUUAAGAAUUACAGAAGAGGUCUAAAUUCCAGCUAUUGCUUCAGGGGAGCCAAUUUUCCUUUCCCUGGGCAUCAGUUUCUUCUGUCAAAAAUGGGAAUAUGAAUUGCUGCCAACAUUAAAGGUGACAAUGGCCUUGAUUUGUUUUGUGAUCUGAAAAGAAAAGAGGGCCCUAUGGCUUGGGGAUAUAAACACGAAUUUUGGGUGAAGCCAGCCUGAGUUCAGAUGCUGUAUCAGUUACUGUUUGGGGGCUCUGCUUUCCUCCAUUUUAAGAUGAGCAUAAGAGGGUCCUGCCUGCACAGGCACAGGACUGCCCUCUUGGUUGUUAUUGUUGGGUUGAUACUUAGUUUUGUGAUGCUGGGGAUGGAAUGUGGAACCUUUGGCCUGCUAGGCAAGUGUGUCAACCCUGUGCUGUACCCCAGCCCUAGACUGUUAUUCUUACUGCUAAAGAGUUCUGCAACAUGGACAAGCCAUCAAUGACUGUUUCCGUUGACAAAGUCACCUCUAACCCUCACUUGCAGAACAGGGAGUCCAGUGCCUGUUUCUCUUGUGAGGUGGAGGUCAGUGGAGGGAAGGCAAAUGAAAAUGACUGACUUCUCACCAUAGUUUCUGUUUGCAAAGGAACUUUGCCCCAGUGAUGAGAGUAGACCCUGAGAAAGUCCCCAGCAACUUGUGAUUUUAGUGGAAGUGUAACCAAUUUAAUUUUUCAGUCAUUUAUGCGGAGUGGAGUGACUCGUAUAUUUCAGGGUACAAGAGCUUUGACCAUCCCUAAAGCAGAGAAGCUCCCAGUCUAAAAGGGAAAGUGAACCAUGUUUGAGAUUAGGAUAAGAGGUAAAAUCAACCCACUUAUUUUGAGAUGGAGCAGAGUUAUGCAUUCACUUAUUUCAGAGGCACUGGGAUAGACUAUGGAAAGGUGGCUCUUAAUUUGCUGUGAUUUUGUCACUUAGGUGAUGUUUAAGUCAUGUCUGGAGGCAUUCUUGGAUGUCUCAGCUAAGGGAUACUGCAGAACACUCUGCAAUGCACAGUCACUAUAACAACAAACCAGCUGGCCAAGACAUCUAUAGCACUGAGGGCUCAACAAGCCUUGCUUGCAAAAGUGGUAGUAGCCGCAUAGAUAUAUAAUCCCUGACAUUUUGAAAUGUCCAGUCUGGUGGACAUGCUGGCAUUGCAGAAAGGACUGUGUAAUAGUCACAAUUGCAUGAAUUGUCAUGAUGUGCUGAGCCAGUGAUGGCCUUCUGCAGUCUUUCUAGUCUAACACAUGACCCAAUCUCUAAGGGUUCAGAGGUGGAGGGGAAGGGUGUCAUUGCAAGGCUGGCUGCCAGGAAAAGACUAAGCCUUGGGGGAUCUUGGAGAAGCUUCCAGAGGUGGGGAGAUGCUAAGAAGCCUUUUCCAUCUUCUGGUUUGAGGAACUGCAGCUCCUACUGUGUUGUAGUGUGGAGACUGAAAAGACCAGGAUCUCAUCUGGCUGUCGGGUACUGGAAGAGGCGAGGGGGAGAGCGCACCAUAGCAGAGAGACGGCAGGAGAAAAGGGAGACUACGAGACGCGCCGCGCCGGCGCCCGGAGACCCAGGAGGAGCCCGCAGCAGUUAGGUUGUGAUGGGGAUUCUCCCCUCCCUUUUGCUCCACAAUGCCUUGGUGAGCGGUCUCGGCGACCGAGCUACCCGUGGAAGAAUUGGGGCUGAGAUGUCGCGGCGGGUGGCCGCAGAUGGGGAUGCUGGAGAAGGAAGGAGUUCAUCUCAAGUUCGCAAUCUGUGUCCGGAAGCUGGUCUGGCCUGGGAGGGCGUUUCGAGCACCGGACCUACUAUAGCCGGCCCGCGUCAUGCAGUCUUUUCGAGAAAGGUGUGGUUUCCAUGGCAAACAGCAAAACUACCCACAAACCUCACAGGAGACAUCGCGCCUGGAGAACUACAGGCAGCCAGGUCAGGCUGGGCUCAGCUGUGAUCGGCAGCGGCUGCUGGCCAAGGACUAUUACAACCCACAGCCCUAUACAGGCUAUGAGGGUGGCGCUGGCACACCUUCUGGCACGGUGGCCACGACAGCUGCAGACAAGUACCACCGAGGCAGCAAGUCCCUGCAGGGGAGGCCGACUUUCCCCAGCUAUGUUCAAGACAGCAACCCCUACCCAGGGCGCUACUCUGGCGAGGAGGGUCUUCAGACCUGGGGGGGUCCACAGCCACCACCUCCCCAGCCACAGCCUUUGCCAGGAGCAGUGAGCAAGUAUGAGGAGAACUUGAUGAAGAAGACGGUGGUGCCCCCAAACAGGCAGUACUCUGAGCAGGGCCCCCAACUUCCCUUCCGGACUCACAGCCUGCAUGCCCCACCACCACAGCCUCAGCAGCCCCUGGCUUACCCCAAACUCCAAAGGCAGAAACCGCAGAACGACCUUGCCUCCCCUCUGCCCUUUCCCCAGAGCAGCCACUUUCCCCAGCAUUCCCAGUCCUUCCCUACCUCCUCCACCUACGCCCCGGCAGUGCAGGGUGGUGGGCAGGGGGCACACUCAUACAAGAGUUGCACAGCACCAUCUGCCCAGCCUCAUGACAGGCCAAUGAGUGCCAAUGCCAGCCUGGCCCCGGGGCAGCGGGUCCAGAAUCUCCACGCUUACCAAUCAGGCCGCCUUGGCUAUGAGCAGCAGCCGCAAGCACUUCAAGGCCGGCACCACACCCAGGAAACUCUCCACUACCAGAACCUCGCCAAGUACCAACACUAUGGACAGCAGGGCCAGGGCUACUGUCCACCAGACACAGCUGUCAGGACUCCAGAACAGUAUUACCAGACCUUCAGCCCUAGUUCCAGCCAUUCCCCUGCACGUUCUGUGGGUCGCUCCCCUUCCUAUAGCUCCACCCCAUCACCACUGAUGCCCAAUCUGGAGAACUUCCCCUAUAGCCAGCAGCCGCUUAGUACUGGAGCCUUCCCCGCCGGCAUCACAGACCACAGCCACUUUAUGCCCCUGCUCAAUCCAUCCCCAACAGAUGCUGCCAGUUCUGUGGACCCCCAGGUCAGCAACUGCAAGCCCCUGCAAAAGGAGAAGCUCCCCGACAACUUGCUGUCGGACCUCAGCUUACAGAGCCUCACAGCACUUACCUCACAGGUAGAAAACAUCUCCAACACUGUGCAGCAGCUUUUGCUGUCCAAAGCUGCCAUGCCACAGAAGAAAGGGGUCAAGAGCCUCGUGUCUAGGACUCCGGAGCAGCACAAGAGCCAGCACUGUAGCCCCGAGGGCAGUGGCUACUCAGCUGAGCCAGCAGGCACACCACUGUCUGAGCCGCCAAGCAGCACACCCCAGUCCACUCACGCUGAGCCACAGGACACUGACUACCUGAGUGGCUCCGAGGACCCACUCGAGCGCAGCUUCCUCUACUGCAGCCAGGCCCGCGGCAGUCCUGCCAGGGUCAACAACAACUCCAAGGCCAAGCCUGAAUCUGUGUCCACCUGUUCUGUGACCUCACCUGACGACAUGUCCACCAAGUCUGACGACUCUUUCCAGAGCCUGCACAGUACCCUGCCACUGGAUAGCUUCUCCAAAUUUGUGGCCGGCGAGCGAGACUGUCCACGGCUGCUGCUCAGUGCCCUGGCACAGGAAGAUCUGGCCUCUGAGAUCCUGGGGCUUCAGGAGGCCAUCGUUGAGAAGGCUGACAAGGCCUGGGCUGAGGCUUCCAGCCUGCCCAAGGACAAUGGCAAGCCACCCUUCUCACUGGAGAACCACAGCACCUGCCUAGACACUGUGGCCAAGACUUCAUGGUCACAUCCAGGGGAACCAGAAGCCCUACCUGAGCCCUUGCAGCUGGACAAGGGUGGUAGCACCAAGGACUUCAGCCCAGGGCUGUUUGAAGACCCUUCUGUGGCCUUCGCCACCACUGACUCGAAGAAGACAACCAGUCCCCUGUCCUUUGGCACCAAGCCUUUGCUUGGGACUGCCACUCCAGACCCCACCACAGCAGCAUUUGACUGCUUUCCAGACACAACCACUGCCAGCUCGGUGGACAGUGCCAACCCCUUUGCCUGGCCAGAGGAGAACCUGGGUGAUGCUUGUCCUCGCUGGGGCCUCCACCCUGGUGAGCUCACCAAGAGCUUGGAGCAGGGGGCAAAAGCCCCAGACAAUGUGGGCAAAGCACACGAACCCUCUGCCUGCUUGGGCUUCCAGGAAGACCAUGCUGUUGGGAAGCAGGCAGCUGCACUGUCCGGGGAUUUCAAACAGCAGGAGGCAGAUGGGGUGAAGGAGGAAGUGGGUGGGUUGCUGCAGUGCCCUGAGGUGGACAAAGCUGACCAGUGGUUGGAGGACAGCCGGCAUUGCUGUUCCUCCACUGACUUUGGGGACCUGCCACUGUUGCCACCCCCUGGCAGGAAGGAGGACCUGGAGGCUGAAGAGGAGUACUCUUCCUUGUGUGAACUGUUGGGUAGCCCUGAGCAGAGGCCCAGCCUGCAGGACCCAUUGUCCCCCAAGGCUCCACUGAUUUGCACCAAGGAGGAAGCCGAGGAGGUGCUGGACACCAAGGCUGGCUGGGCCUCCCCAUGUCACCUCUCUGGGGAGCCUGCUGUCCUGCUGGGCCCCUCUGUGGGUGCCGAAUCCAAGGUCCAGAGCUGGUUUGAGUCUUCACUGUCACAUAUGAAGCCAGAAGAUGGGCCAGAGAUGGAGAGAGCCCAAGGUAGUUCCACCACGUCAGAAGGCUCCCUGGCCCCGAAGCCUAACAAGCCUGCUGUUCCUGAGGUGCCCAUUGCUAAGAAAGAGCCUGUGCCACGGGGUAAAAGUUUACGGAGCCGGCGGGUACACCGAGGAUUGCCUGAGGCUGAAGACUCUCCGUGCAGGGUGCCAGCACUUCCCAAAGACCUCUUGCUCCCAGAGUCCUGUACGGGACCUCCCCAGGGACAGGCAGAAGGGGCUGGAGCCCCAGGCCGGGGGCUAUCGGAAGGGCUCCCUAGAAUGUGUACUCGCUCUCUUACAGCUCUGAGUGAGCCCCAAACUCCUGGACCUCCAGGCCUGACCACUACCCCCACACCUCCUGAUAAACUGGGAGGCAAACAGCGAGCCGCCUUCAAGUCUGGCAAGCGGGUAGGAAAGCCAUCACCCAAGGCGGCAUCCAGCCCCAGCAACCCUGCUGCCCUGCCUGUCGCCUCGGACAGUAGCCCCAUGGGCUCCAAGACCAAGGAGCCAGACUCUCCCAGCGUCCCUGGCAAGGACCAGCGUUCCAUGGUCCUCCGGUCUCGCACCAAACCCCAGCAGGUCUUCCAUGCCAAACGGCGGCGGCCCUCAGAGAGCCGGAUCCCAGACUGUCGUGCCACCAAGAAGCUCCCUGCCAACAACCACUUACCCACCGCAUUCAAGGUCUCCAGUGGGCCACAGAAGGAAGGCCGGGUGAGCCAGCGGGUCAAAGUACCCAAGCCUGGUACAGGGAGCAAGCUUUCAGAUCGGCCCCUCCACACGCUCAAAAGGAAGUCAGCUUUCAUGGCUCCUGUCCCAACCAAAAAGCGAAGCCUCAUCCUUCGAAGCAGCAGUGGAAAUGGGGCAGAUGGGAGGGAGGAGAGGCCUGAGAGCUCUCCUGGCCUCUUGAGGAGGAUGGCCUCACCCCAGAGGGCCAGGCCCAGAGGCAGUGGGGAGCCACUCCCUCCCCCAUCCCUGGAGACACCUGCUGCGUGCAUGGGGUUGGCUACACCAUCAUCCCUGCCCAGUGCUGUGAGGACCAAGGUGCUGCCACCCCGAAAGGGCCGUGGCCUCAAGCUGGAGGCCAUUGUGCAGAAGAUCACCUCACCUGGUCUCAAGAAACUAGCAUGCAGAGUGGCAGGGGCUCCUCCUGGGACACCUCGGAGCCCAGCCCUACCUGAGAAACGGUCAGGGGGCAGUCCAGCUGGGGCAGAAGAGGGCCUAGGAGCAACGGGCCCUGGGCAGACGCUACCAGCAGCUUCAGGAGCUGAUGCGUUGUGCAGAAAUCCAGUCAGCAGGUCCCUAAAAGGCAAACUCUUGAGUAGUAAGAAACUGUCCUCUACUGCUGACUGUCCCAAAGCUGAGGCCUUCAUGUCCCCAGAGACCCUGCCAUCCCUAGGGACUGCCCGGGCACCGAAGAAAAGGAGCAGGAAAAGCAGGACCGGUGCCUUGGGACCCUCUAAAGGCCCAUUGGAGAAGCGGCCCUGUCCUGGCCAAACUCUGAUCCUUGCUACCCAUGACAGGGCCAGCAGCACUCAGGGUGGAGGUGAGGACAGCGCCAGUGGAGGAGGCAAGAAGCCAAAGACAGAGGAGCCGGGACUGGCCUCCCAGCCCCCUGAAGGCCGACCCUGCCAGCCCCAGACAAGGGCACAGAAGCAGCCAGGCCAAGCCAGCUACAGCAGCUAUUCAAAGCGGAAGCGCCUCAACCGAGGCCGGGCUAAGACCACCCAUGCAUCACCCUGUAAGGGACGUGCCACCCGGAGACGGCAGCAGCAGGUACUGCCCCUGGAUCCUGCAGAGCCUGAAAUCCGACUCAAAUACAUUUCCUCCUGCAAGCGGCUGAGGGCGGACAGCCGCACCCCAGCCUUCUCGCCCUUCGUGCGGGUGGAGAAGCGAGAUGCUUACACUACCAUAUGCACUGUUGUCAACUCCCCAGGGGAUGAGCCCAAGCCUCACUGGAAACUGUCCUCUGCUGCCUCCUCCUCUGUCUCCUCCUCCUCCUCAGAACCAGCUGGGGCCUCUGCGACCGCUUUCCCUGGAGGCCCUGUGCUGCAGCCGAGGCCCUCCCUGCCCCUCUCCUCCACCAUGCAUCUGGGACCUGUGGUAUCCAAGGCCCUAAGUACCUCUUGCCUUGUCUGCUGCCUCUGCCAAAACCCAGCCAACUUCAAGGACCUUGGGGACCUCUGUGGCCCCUACUACCCUGAACACUGCCUCCCAAAAAAGAAACCAAAACUUAAGGAGAAGGUGCGGCUGGAGGGCACCUUUGAGGAGGCCUCUCUGCCUCUUGAGAGAACAUUCAAAGGCCUGGAAUGUGCAGCCAGCACCACUGCUGCCACCGCCACCGCCACCGCCACAACCCUGGGGAGGCCGUCCAGGCCUGAUGGCCCAGCUGACCCUGCCAAGCAGGGCACCCUGCGCACCAGUGCCCGGGGCCUGUCGCGGCGGCUGCAGAGUUGCUAUUGCUGUGAUGGUCAGGGGGACGGGGGUGAGGAGGCGGCCCCAGCUGACAAGAGCCGUAAACAUGAGUGCAGCAAAGAGGCCUCUGCAGAACCUGGUGGGGACACCCAGGAGCACUGGGUCCACGAGGCCUGUGCUGUGUGGACCAGCGGGGUGUACCUGGUGGCCGGGAAGCUCUUUGGGCUGCAGGAGGCCAUGAAGGUAGCUGUGGACAUGCCGUGUUCCAGCUGUCAUGAAGCCGGGGCAACCAUCUCGUGUUCCUAUAAAGGAUGCAUCCACACCUACCACUACCCUUGUGCCAAUGACACAGGUUGUACAUUCAUUGAGGAGAAUUUUACUUUGAAGUGCCCCAAACAUAAGAGGCUGCCAUUGUAAUCCCCACGUGGCCGAUCCUCCAAGGAAGAGGAGCUGCGCCCACAGCCGUCCUUGAUCCCAUCCCAGGUCUUGGUUCCGGCUGCUUCGGGUGCUGGCGUGAGGCCCCGGUUGUGAAGAAACCCUGAUCCAGGCCAGACUUGGCGAGGGCAGGCCACCGGGCGGCCAGACCCAGGGCGCGCAGCUUCGGGUGGGGUGCAAGUCCCCUGCAAGUUCUGAAAGGACGUGGCAUGCAAGCUGUGCCCCAGGAAGUGGCCGAGGGCGCUGUCGGCUCGGUGGACGACAUGGGGCAGGACCCAAGCUUUUCUGUAGAGGCUCAGUCUUGGGGGAAUGCAGCCCAGCACCACCGCCCUCUGCCCCAGGCUUUGCCCGGGGUCCUGGAAGGCCUGGGCUCAGGCCAUGUGGUCCCUGAUGUGGGCUGGCCUGGGGUGGUGCCCUUAUGGCUUCUGUUUGUCCCCUUUCCAGUCUUCCACCCCACUUGUUGGAGCCCGGUCUGGAAGCUUGAGGAAACUGGCCCUGGCUACCCCCUAGGCAGAUGUGCUGCUGUCCCAAAACACCACCUUGGGUUCCAGGGACUGCUACUCGAUUGGCUCGUGGGUGGGGACAGUGCUAGAUUUCGUGUACAAACCUGUGUACCCCUCUAUAUAUAUGUUACAUAGAAUGUAUAUAUGUUGGGAACAUGCUCGCUUCCGUGUGUCGCUGCUGUGCGUCGUGUGCUUCACAGCACAGAGCCCUAACCUGGCCUUGGGCGGGGUAGGGGCUACAGUGAUGUCCCUUCCCUGUGCAACCAUCAUCACCACCGCCACGGCCAGUACCCACCUGUCCGUUUGUGUUCUCAGCUCUGUCCACGCUUCAAUAGGCCUGAUGCAGACCCCCUUUCCCUGCAACUUCCUGUACAUAUGACUGUAAAAUGGUAAACGUGUGUAUUAUAUCUGGCCUCGUUAUAUAGUGUAUAUAUAUGUAUACAUAUACAUAUAUAUAAUAUAUAUGAAGACUGUAAAUGUUAAGACAACUAGUGUUCUUAUUAGUAUAUUGCUUCACACUGAAGAUUGUGUGUAUCGAGCUGUUUCUAAAAGAUGUUUAUUUUCCUUAAGAGUUAAAAAAAAAAAAACAGUCAUUGCAUUCAGAAAAAAGUCAAUAAAGAUACCACGAUUGUUUUGGAA